UAAUGGAGGAUGAAGGACAAAUACAUGUUUAUAUGAAGUUAUUAUAUUAUUUAUUAGUUGCAAUUUAUUGAAAAAUGAAUAGUGCCAAGUCAAAUAAUGUGUUUUGUUCUUGUGCUACAAAUAUUACUGAUUUAAACUGCUCCAUUAUUUUAGACGAUUUUUACGAAAAAUUAUGUUGAAUGGAAUGGAAGAUGUGCCUGAAAUGGUUCUCAGGUUCGGAAAUAUUUUGGUAUGGACACAAGCCGGGCUCUGCAGUCUAAAAAUCCAUUUCGCAGACCGUGGCUUGAUGGCAAUGGUGCUGCUGCAGCAGUGGCUGGUAACACUGGUCUGAAGGGAAUUAUUGCAGGAGGAAUUACAGGAGGCAUAGAAAUUUGUAUUACAUAUCCAACAGAAUAUGUCAAAACACAACUGCAAUUGGACGAGAAAGGUGGAGCUAAAAAAUAUACUGGAAUUGCUGAUUGCGUUAAGAAAACUGUGAAGGGUCAUGGUUUUUUCGGUCUAUAUAGAGGAUUGAGUGUUUUAUUAUAUGGAUCAAUACCCAAAUCAGCAGUAAGAUUUGGAGCAUUUGAAUAUUUCAAAAGCAACCUCUGUGAUGAACAUGGUGACUUGACCACCGGUGGUCGUUUGUUAGCCGGUAUGGGUGCUGGUUGUCUUGAAGCUAUUUUGGCUGUGACCCCCAUGGAAACUGUAAAAGUUAAAUUUAUUAAUGAUCAGAGAUCUGCUAAACCUCGUUUUAGAGGAUUUUUCCAUGGCGUAGGAUUGAUAAUUAAGGAAACAGGAUUCCAAGGUAUAUACAAAGGUUUAACACCAACCAUUCUGAAACAAGGUUCGAAUCAAGCAAUUAGAUUCUACUGUAUGGAAACUAUGAAAGAGCUAUACAAAGGCGGUGACAGGGACAAGAAGGUGCCAAAACCCAUUGUUGGAGUUAUGGGUGCCAUUGCAGGUGCAGCAUCAGUUUUUGGCAACACGCCAAUUGACGUCGUAAAAACAAGAAUGCAGGGCUUAGAGGCUUCAAAAUACAAAAAUGCCUUUGAUUGUACAUUGAAAAUUUGGAAGAAUGAAGGACCAGCUGCUUUUUACAAAGGUACUGUACCUAGAUUAGGCCGCGUUUGUGCGGAUGUAGCAAUCACAUUUAUGAUUUACGAUUCCUUCAUGGAGCUGUUCAAUAAGGUUUGGCAUUAAAUUAGGUAGUAGAUAGUAAAAUGCACUGAUGAGAAGCAUUUAUAAGUUAUCAUGAACUAAUAUUCUGCAAUUUACAGCUUCAAUUGAAUAAUAUUUGUUCAUGCAAAACACUAUGUAUGUGCAUUAAGUUUUAAUACACAUCUGUUUUUUAAAUGUUCACUGAAAUUAUAUAAAUGCUCUUUGUUGGAAUGCGAUUAAAUAGUGAAAGUGUUUAACAAAAUAUUUUAGGAGAAAUUUUGAUUAAAAUUAUUUUUUUCUGGACUUCUUAAAUACAUUUAGGUUUGAAUUUGAAAUAUAAAUUGUGUAGCAAGUGAUUUCAAACAACAC